CGUGCGCGCGGCGGACGGCUCCCGCCUCCGGGCUCUGCUCCGGCCGCGGCUGGAGGGCAGGCGCCUUUUGCACGCUGGCCCCGCAGCAGCCCUCGGCUCCGCCUCCGGAUAUGAAGAGCUACCUGUGGACGCGCUACAACGAGGCCAAAAGAGUGACGAAAGAGCUAGUUCCUUCAAUAAUGAGUAACUUGCUAACUCCAGAUGCAAUCUUUUCCAACAACGAAAUGAGUCUCUCAGACAUUGAAAUCUACGGUUUUGAUUAUGACUAUACGUUGGUCUUCUAUUCCAAGCAUUUGCACACAUUGAUCUUCAAUGCUGCCCGGGAUCUGCUGAUCAAUGAACAUCGGUAUCCUGCAGAAAUACAGAAAUAUGAUUACGAUCCCAACUUUGCAAUAAGAGGGCUUCAUUAUGAUGUGCAUCGAGCAUUAUUGAUGAAGAUUGAUGCUUUUCAUUACAUUCAGCUGGGAACAGUGUACAGAGGACUGAGUGUCGUCCCAGAUGAAGAAGUCAUUGCCAUGUACGACGGAUCCCAUGUCCCCUUGGAACAAAUGAGUGACUUCUAUGGAAAGAGUUCACAAGGUAACACCAUGAAACAGUUCAUGGAUAUCUUCUCCUUACCUGAGAUGACUCUCCUGUCUUGUGUAAAUGAGUAUUUCCUGAAAAACAACAUAGACUAUGAGCCCGUUCAUCUCUACAAAGAUGUGAAGGACUCAAUCAGAGAUGUCCACAUCAAAGGAAUAAUGUACCGAGCUAUUGAAGCAGAUAUUGAAAAAUAUAUUUGUUAUGCUGAGCAGACGCGAGCUGUGCUGGCAAAGCUGGCGGAUCACGGCAAGAAGAUGUUCCUCAUCACGAACAGUCCUAGCAGCUUUGUGGACAGAGGUAUGAAGUACAUUGUCGGAAAAGACUGGAGGGAUCUCUUUGAUGUAGUGAUUGUCCAAGCUGACAAGCCCAACUUCUUCAAUGAUAAGAGGAGACCUUUCCGUAAAGUGAAUGAAAGAGGAGUAUUGCUUUGGGAUAAAAUUAAUGAACUGCAAAAAGGACAGAUUUACAAACAGGGUAACUUAUAUGAAUUUUUGAAGCUGACUGGAUGGAGAGGUUCCAAAGUCUUGUAUUUUGGUGAUCACAUUUACAGUGAUCUAGCAGAUUUGACCUUAAAGCACGGCUGGCGGACAGGUGCCAUCAUUCCAGAGUUACGAACGGAGAUCAAGAUCAUGAACAAGCAGCAGUAUAUUCAGACCAUGACCUGGCUGCAAACUCUUACUGGAUUACUGGAACACAUGCAGGUUUACAGGGAUCCUGAGUCUCAACUGAUCUUGCAAGAGUGGAAAAAGGAAAGGAAGGAAAUGAGAGAAUUGACCAGGAACUUCUUCAACUCUCAGUUUGGAAGCUUGUUUAGGACUGACCAGAACCCGACCUACUUCUUAAGACGCUUGUCUCGCUUUGCUGAUAUUUACAUGGCAUCUUUGAGCUGUCUUUUGAACUACGACCCCGAUUACACAUUUUAUCCAAGGAGGACUCCUUUGCAGCAUGAACUCCCGGCAUGGUCAGACCAGCUAUGCACUGGCAACAGUUUGAUUUCCCAAAUGGUGGUCAGAUAAACGUGUUUCUCAGAGUUUGUAAGUAUUUUCUGUAUAUGAAAAAAUUGAGGUUGCUUUUCUUAUAUUGCUGAAUUAGCUCUUUGUUGCAUAAUUUAAGAAAAAGCUGCUGGCAUGACGCCAUUGUGUUCAA